AUGGACGAUGACUGGGGCGCCGCUGUCGCCGCGGCCGUGGUGGCGGUCGAGGCGCUCGACGCCCGUGCGCUGAGAACACAGAUGGACAAUUACCCGACGUUGGCCCGUGACGCCCGCUGCGAGAACGGCUACACGCUCCCCGAGCGCCUGCUACGCCAGCUGCUACUACGCACGAGCUGCGGCCAUCGUAUCGAGCCGGAUACAGCCGUCACCAUCCUGGAUCUGCUUCUGCACCACGGCGCGCAUGUCAAUCACUCGUUGAAUGGUGAAACGCUGCUCCUCUUGGCCUGCCGCACCCAAAUGGAAGCCAUUGUGGAAUCCAUUCUGAACCAGAACGACGUCGAUGUCAACGCCGUCUACCAAGACGAAACCGCGCUCCAUAUUGCGUGCAAAGGCGGCCUCUUGCAAAUCGCGCGGGCGCUCCUUGAGAGGAAUGACAUCCAAGUCAACUGGACAGACGAGCACGGUUGCACGGCUCUCUACUACGCCCAGGAGGCGGGCCACACAAAUAUUGCGAAUGUUCUUGCCAUUAGCGGCGCCGACGUCGACACUGCUACAUUGGAUCCGAUGGUCAUCAGGCGACGCGAACUGUUCGAGACGCUGAAGCGAGAGAGUUCAUAUGCCAACCAACCUCAGAGCGGUUUCACGACCACGGACUUGGCCGUGAGCGCCCCCACGGAAAGCUCCGGCACCAAUGCCGACCACGACGCAACGGCUCGGAAUGUUGCGACGAACAGACGUCAGAGCCGCGAUACCUACCCCUACCUCGACCCCAGAGCUACCGCGCUUGACGUGCGCAACGGCAAGGUGGUCGUCAAGACGACGACGUCGCCGUCCAUGAUGACAAGCGCACUCCGUGCUUUUGUGAAUGCCUCUCCAAAGUCUGCCUACAUUGUGGAGAUCCAGAAUCUUGAAUUCCAAACGGGCGGGGCGCAACUGUUCAUCGAGUACAUGAACGGUGGCACGCUUCAAAGUCGCCUGCGAGACCGCGAUUUCGACAUGGCCAAGGUCGCUCAUGCCAUGGCGCACGCACUCGACGCGCUGCACAGGCCAGAAAAAGGCGGCCCGGCAUUGGUGUUUCGCUACCUCACGCCCGAAUGUGUGCUCUACAACAGCGACGGGGACAUCAAGCUCGCCUACUUUAACUGCUGUGUCGAAUCGACGGUCGUGACGCACAUGGGCCACCUGGAGCGUCCCUACGUGGCGCCAGAGGUCGUCACAAGCGCCAUGUUCACGAGGGCCACCGACGUUUAUGCGUUCGGCGCCAUUCUCCGUCAAAUGUGCCUGCCCACACAUGGAGGCAGCGACGAGACGGCCAGACAAGUACAACUCGCGUACGGUCAACUUGUCGAGUGGUGCACUGCCAUCGAGCCGCAAGACCGCCCGAGCAUUGUCAAGGUCAUUGAUAUCUUGAAAAAUCCAUCGGUCGAGACGAUCGACGCGGUCAAGAACACUCAUGCUACCGAAUAUGAAGUCCACGUCCGGCUGCAAGACAUAUCACCUUUGAAGCUAAAGCCUUACACCUAA